UCACAGCGGAAGGAGACGACGGAUCUCCUGCAGGACAAUGUGAGACACAGAGAGUUGAUCCAACGCAGUUAGCGAGCAGCCAGGAUGGAAGUGGGGAUAAUUUAACGCAUCUCUGUAGCUCGAUCUCGACCCGAACAUUGUUGGACACCCGUGUUUUUUAAUAUCCAGAGGAAGCGGCCGCAGCGAUGGGAAUACUGCGCUGAGGAGAGAGCGGGCGGCAGGGCCAAGAAACGGGAGAAAGAUGGGUGUCGUGCUGCGGAGCCUGUUGUUGUGUAGUUUUUGUUUUCUCAUACGAGGCGUGCCGCUGCUGCUAUAUGCAAACCGGCGAGACCUUCGGCUCGUGGAUGCGGCACACGAGAAGACCAACGCCACGAUAGUGGUGGGGGGGCUGGAGGAUGCUGCUGCCGUGGACUACGUUUACUCCCAGGGCCUCAUCUACUGGAGCGAUGUGAGCGAGGAGGCCAUCAAACGCACCGUCUUCAACCUGUCGGGGGCCAGCGCGGUCCAGACGGUGGUCCCAGGUCUGGCCUCCCCAGAUGGACUGGCCUGUGAUUGGUUAGGGAGCAAACUUUAUUGGACGGACUCGGAAACCAAUCGGAUCGAGGUGGCGGAGCUCGAUGGGUCCUUGAGGAAAGUUUUGUUUUGGCAGGAGCUGGACCAGCCGAGGGCCAUCGCUCUGGAUCCAGAACGAGGGUACAUGUACUGGACAGACUGGGGUGAGAUCCCAAAGAUUGAGCGGGCAGGGAUGGACGGGACGAAUCGCUCCAUGAUCAUCAAUAAAGAGAUCUACUGGCCCAACGGUCUGACACUGGACUACAGCCAGGAGAAACUGUACUGGGCCGACGCCAAACACAACUUUAUCCACCGAUCCAACCUGGACGGAUCCUCCAGGGAGGUUGUGGUUAAAGGGGAGCUGCCUCACCCGUUCGCCCUCACCCUGUACGAGGACACACUGUUCUGGACCGACUGGAACACCCACUCCAUCCACUCCUGCAGGAAAGAGACCGGAGCCGAGCAACGCAUCGUCCACUCCGACAUCUUCUCACCAAUGGACAUCCACGUCUUCAGCGCCAAGAGACAAAACAUCUUAGCGAGCAGUCCGUGCUCGGUGAAGAACGGAGGAUGUUCCCACCUCUGUCUCCUCUCUCCGCUGAAGCCCUUCUUUCAGUGUGCAUGUCCCACAGGAGUCCAGCUGCUGGAGGACGGGAAGACCUGCAGAGACGGUGCCACUCAGAUGCUGCUGUUAGCUCGGCGAACGGACCUGCGGCGCAUCUCUCUGGACAUGCCGGACUUCACCGACAUCAUCCUGCAGGUGGACGACAUCCGCCACGCCAUCGCCAUCGACUACGACCCUGUGGAGGGAUACAUCUACUGGACGGACGACGACGUGAAGGCCAUCCGCCGCUCCCUGCUGGACGGCAGCGACGCCCAGUUUGUGGUCACGUCUCAGGUGAACCACCCUGAUGGCAUUGCUGUGGACUGGAUCGCCAGAAACCUGUACUGGACCGACACGGGGACUGAUCGUAUCGAGGUGACCCGACUCAACGGGACCAUGCGCAAGAUCCUGAUCUCUGAAGACCUGGACGAGCCCAGAGCCAUCGUCCUGGACCCAGUGGCUGGUUACAUGUACUGGACCGACUGGGGCGAGGUGCCAAAGAUCGAGCGGGCUGACCUGGACGGUAUGGAGCGGCAGGUGAUGGUCAACACAUCUCUGGGCUGGCCCAACGGCCUCGCCCUCGACUACGAAGAACGCAAACUCUACUGGGGAGACGCCAAGACGGAUAAGAUCGAGGUGAUGAACAUGGACGGGACGGGGCGACGGGUGCUGGUGGAGACCAACCUCCCCCACAUCUUCGGCUUCACUCUGCUGGGCGACUUCAUCUACUGGACCGACUGGCAGCGCCGCAGUAUCGAGCGCGUCCACAAACGCACUGCGGAGAGAGAGGUCAUCAUCGACCAGCUGCCUGACCUCAUGGGCCUCAAGGCCACAAAUGUGCACAAGUCCUUCGGUACGAACCUGUGUGCGGAGAACAACGGCGGCUGCAGUCACCUGUGUCUCUACAAGCCUCAGGGCGUCCAGUGUGGCUGUCCCAUCGGCCUGGAGCUCAUCGCCGACAUGAGGACCUGCAUCGUCCCCGAGGCCUUCCUGCUCUUCUCCCGCCACACCGACAUCCGCCGCAUCUCCCUGGAGACCAACAACAACAACGUGGCCAUCCCGCUCACCGGCGUCAAGGAGGCCUCGGCGCUCGACUUCGACGUCACCGACAACCGGAUCUACUGGACCGACAUCACUCUGAAGACCAUCAGUCGGGCGUUUAUGAACGGCAGCGCUCUGGAGCACGUGGUGGAGUUCGGUCUGGACUACCCUGAGGGGAUGGCGGUGGACUGGCUGGGGAAGAACCUGUACUGGGCCGACACCGGCACCAACCGCAUCGAGGUGGCCAAACUAGACGGGCAGCACCGGCAGGUCCUAGUCUGGAAGGAUCUGGACAGUCCGCGAGCUCUGGCUCUGGAUCCCGCUGAAGGGUACAUGUACUGGACCGAGUGGGGCGGGAAGCCAAAGAUCGACCGAGCAGCGAUGGACGGGUCGGGUCGGAUCACUCUGGUGGCGGACGUGGGCCGAGCCAACGGACUCACCAUCGACUACGCAGAGCGCCGCCUCUACUGGACUGACCUCGACACCACGCUCAUCGAAUCCUCCAACAUGCUCGGUCAGGACCGUGAGGUGAUAGCCGACGACCUCCCCCACCCCUUCGGCCUCACCCAGUACCAGGACUACAUCUACUGGACCGACUGGAGCCAGCGCAGCAUCGAGCGAGCCAACAAGACCAGCGGUCAGAACCGCACCGUCAUCCAGGGCCACCUGGACUACGUCAUGGACAUCCUGGUGUUUCACUCGUCCAGACAGGGCGGCUGGAACGCCUGCGCCUCUACCAAUGGGCACUGUUCACACCUCUGCCUCGCCGUCCCCGUCAGCAGCUUCGUCUGUGGCUGCCCCGCCCACUUCUCUCUCAACUACGACAACAAGACGUGCAGCGCUCCAACUUCCUUCCUGCUGUUCAGCCAGAAAACAGCCAUCAACCGUAUGGUGAUCGACGAGCAGCAGAGUCCAGACAUCAUCCUGCCGAUCCACAGCCUGAGGAACGUCCGAGCCAUCGACUACGACCCGCUGGACAAACAGCUUUACUGGAUCGACUCCAAGCAGAACGUCAUCCGCCGCGCUCAGGAGGACGGCAACCAGAGUAUGACAGUGGUGUCGAGCUCUCUGGGCGGACCCAGCCAGGGUCUGCAGCUGUACGACCUGAGCAUCGACAUCUACAGCCGCUUCAUCUACUGGACCAGCGAGGUCACCAACGUCAUCAACGUCACCCGGACGGACGGCAGCAGGGUCGGUGUGGUGCUGAGAGGAGAGCACGACAAACCCAGAGCCAUCGUGGUCAACCCAGAGAGAGGGUACAUGUACUUCACGAACCUGCUGGAGCGCUCUCCGAAGAUCGAGCGGGCGGCGCUGGACGGGACGGAGCGUGAGGUGUUGUUCUUCAGCGGUUUGGGGAAACCUGUCGCUCUGGCCAUCGAUAACGAGGUGGGGAAGCUGUUCUGGGUCGACUCGGACCUGCGGCGCAUUGAGAGCAGCGACCUCUCCGGAGCCAAUCGGAUCGUGAUCGCCGACUCCAACAUCCUGCAGCCGGUGGGUCUGACAGUGUUCGGGAACCACCUGUACUGGAUCGACAAGCAGCAGCAGAUGAUCGAACGCAUCGACAAGACGACGAGGGAGGGACGCACCAAGAUCCAGGCUCGCAUCGCCUACCUGAGCGACAUCCACGCCGUACACGAGCUGGACAUGAGGGAAUACAGUAAACACCCGUGUACCUGGGACAACGGCGGCUGCUCCCACAUCUGCAUCGUGAAGGGAGACGGGACGACUCGCUGCUCGUGUCCCGUCCACCUGGUGCUGCUGCAGGACGAGCUCUCCUGUGGAGAGCCUCCCACCUGCUCCCCGGAGCAGUUCUCCUGUACCUCCGGUGAGGUGGACUGCAUCCCUCAGGCCUGGAGGUGCGACGGUUACCCCGAGUGUGACGACAGCAGCGAUGAGGAGGACUGUCCCGUCUGCUCCGAGACCGAGUUCCAGUGCGACAGCCGGCAGUGCAUCGACCAGAGCCUGCGCUGCAACGGAGAGAUCAACUGUCAGGACCGCUCCGACGAGAACAAGUGUGAAGUACGUUGUCCUCCAGACCAGUUCACCUGCUCUAAUGGUCAGUGCAUCGGUAAACACAAGAAGUGCGACCACAACAUGGACUGUACUGACAACUCUGACGAGAUCGGCUGCUAUCCUACAGAGGAGCCUCCUCCUCCGUCCAACAACACCAUCGGCUCCAUCGUGGGCGUCGUCAUGGCGCUGUUCGUGGUGGGCGCCGUGUACUUCGUGUGUCAGCGCGUCCUCUGCCCGCAGAUGAAAGACGACGGCGAGACGGUCACCAACGACUUUGUGGUCCACGGGCCGUCGUCAGUGCCGCUGGGAUACGUGCCACAUCCGAGCUCGCUGUCCAGCUCGCUGCCAGGUAUGUCCAGAGGGAAGUCUGUGAUUGGCUCCCUCAGCAUCAUGGGUGGGAGCAGCGGACCUCCGUACGACCGAGCUCACGUGACGGGAGCUUCGUCCAGCAGCUCAUCCAGCACCAAGGGGACGUACUUCCCUCCGAUCCUGAACCCUCCUCCGUCUCCUGCUACAGUCCGCUCUCAGUACACUAUGGAGUUUGGUUAUUCUUCAAACAGUCCCUCGACACACAGAUCCUACAGCUACCGGCCCUACACCUACCGCCACUUCGCCCCUCCCACCACCCCCUGCAGCACCGACGUGUGCGACAGCGACUACACGCCGGGACGCCGGGCGCCGCUCAAGUCCAGCGCCGCUGCCUCCGCCACCGCCGGCAAGGGCUACACCAGCGACCUCAACUACGACUCGGAGCCUUUCCCGCCGCCGCCGACGCCCCGCAGCCAGUACCUGUCGGCGGAGGAGAACUGCGAGAGCUGCCCGCCGUCGCCUUACACCGAGCGCAGCUACUCCCACCACCUCUACCCGCCACCACCCUCGCCCUGCACGGACUCCUCGUGAGCCCCCCACAGUCCCCCUCUGCGCACAGCUCCACACCCCCCCUCACUGUAAAUAGCAAUUGUGCAUAUAUGAGGUUAAAAAUGGGAGACUGAUGAAGAGGAGGAGGAGGAGUGACACGCAGGACGAGAAAAGGAAACAAACGGGAGCUGCAGAACAUUUGUACAUUGAAAAAGAGAAAAAGCAUAUUUAUAUAUUUUCUAUACAGUGUUUACUGAUGAUGCCAUAGAGGUUUGUAUUAAGAAAUUUGUACAUUUUUUUAAGAAAAAGGUUUUAUUAAAAUCAUCACAAAUAUAAGUUGCCUUAAACCAGGAGAAAAAGAGGCUGAAGGACAAAAAGCACACAGCGGGACGUUUUAACUUAUCUGAUGCCAAAUAUGAAAAACAUCUACAGGAGAAAAAGAAGAAGAAGAGGAAGAGCGCCCCCCGGAGGCUCGGCCAGCAGUGUCUGUAGUUACCAUGUAAACUGGAGAAAGGCCCGUGUGAGAACGUGGUACUGGGUCUUUGAUUUUUAAAUUUACCUCCUCAGUUACGAAACGGUUCGUAAGAUCGUGUCUGAUGCGGAGGUGAGUCAUGUGACCAAUCAGGAAGCAAUAACACGACAAGGCACAUAUUUAUUACCCGAUCAAUCAAAGCAGGAGCAGCUCUGAGAGUGACGAUGAGGCUGCGGUGGAUCAGACAGCAAGUUUGAUAAAAUGCUACGGAGGCCCUGAAGUGACAAAAUGUUUCAGAGACUUUUCAGGAAGUCUGAAGACAAUCGGCCUUCUUGGUUUGUUUUUGUGCGCUAAGAACAAGAGAUGUUAACAGUUAAUUAGCGGGCAUAUUUUUGACCGUUACUCAUGUCGUCUGUGGGUUAAUUCUGCUGCUCUUCAGUUUGUGGGCGCUAGCUAAAAUGGCACCAUGCAUUAAGCGAUUACUGCCAGUGACGCCAACUUGACCCAACUGUGUUGCUGUGGAAACAUUGUGCCCACCCUCCAGUCUCCUCCCACGUCACCCUGGUGAGUAAGCGCCUCAAUUUUGAGCUGCAAACUCCCUUUAGCAUCAGUUAGCUCUGUUAGCACGGUUAGCAGUGACAGCACAGCUAGUGGUGCUAACAACAAUGCUAAUUGGGUUACGCUGCUCCAAAUGAAACUGCUUACUCAUGACGUGAAUUUUCUCAGUAGGGCAUGCUCCUGGAUCAACAUCCCACAUCGCUUUCCAGUACCAUCACUGCAAUCAACCAAUCACAGCCCUCUGACAUCAUCAAUGUGCUGCUACUGUGCUUCUUUCAAACUACCUUUGUGCUUCAUCAGAGCUAAGCAAGUCUUUCAAACUGAAGUUAGCACACCGAAACAAAAUCCUUCUAAGCCACUGCAGAGUUAGUGAGUUAGCUUGCUAAGUAGGCUGGCUACGCUAACACGUAAACUUGCCAAUAGACUAGAAUAUCAGCGAGUAGGUUUGCUAACCAGGUAGGCUAUGCUAACAAGUGAGGAUUUAAUAAGCUAUAUAAAGAAGGGUAAAUGUGUUUAUUGCAGUUAAUUGCAACUGAAAAAUGAUAUAAUCCACACUCUUUGUUAGCGAACGAUAUUCUAGCCCAUUGGCAAGCUUACUGUUAGCAUAGCCUUCCAAGUUAGCAAGCUAACUCGCUAAUAUUCUAGCCUACUGGUAAGCUUAUUUGUUAGCGUAGCCAACCUAGUUAGCAAGCUAGCUCACUAACCCUGCAGUAGCUUACAGGGUUUUUGUUCAUUACUGAGGAUUUUGUUCAGUUUUACUAACUUAAUUUCGGAAGCUUAGCUCUGAAGAAGCACAAAGGAAUUUUAAAAGAAGCACAGGAGCAGCACACUAAUGAUGUCAGAGGGCUGUGAUUGGUUAAUAAAAAUGUUGGUCCAGGAGCGUCAUGAGGGAUGUUGAUUCAGGAACAUGUACUACUUGGCAAAAUCACAUUGUGCUUGGAGAGUAGCCACAAUGUUUCACAUACUGAAAUAAGCAGCUCUGCUAGCUAGGCUAACGAUGGCUAAGAAGUGGAGACCGAAGGGUGGGCUGUGAGCGCUGUGCUUCACGCAGCUAGCUGUCUGUCCGCAAAGCCAACAGAAAAAAACAUGAGAUGUUAAAAUUUCACCUCUAAAUAGAUUGCGCUUUGAAAUGCGACGCUAACGCUCGCUAGGUCAAUGUAGCAGCGGACUAAAAGGAAAGGUCGCUUGUAUUUGACAUUAUUUUUUCUAUUUUUGUUUUUUCUUUUAAAAUUAAUAGUCGUUGGCUAUUGAAGGCAAAAUUAACCAAAACUGGCAUCUCCAUUAGAAACCAGUUCUUGCAUUUGUCCCCUCAGGGCCUCCAUACAGAACACUAAAACAUACCUUAUCCACUAGAUGUUAAAAAUCAGAUGUCACAUGACUCACGUCCUCCAAUCAUCGUGAUGUUCAGACGGGAUUUAAACCAAAACGUACGCUUGUGUUUCACAUGUUCUGUUCUCGUUGAGAUGCUCGACUGCAACUUGUGUGUUUGUGAGUGAAUCGACCCAAAGCUGCACAGCGAACACAUCAACUCUUUUCUGUUUUUAGUCUUUGUGGAGGACGCAGCGUUUCCCACCAUGAACACGAUCUUGUGCCUGACCAGUUCCACGUCUUCAUUACGUUUUUUUUUUUUAUGUUGUUGUUACUUUGAGGAAAAAAAACACAAAGGAAACCAGUGCCCACUAAAUGCUAUAUAGUAUUUUUGUACCACAUAUUGUGUAGAUAACGUAUUUAUAAGCUAUAUAGAAAAUCAUUGUAAAUCUAUCCAUUGAACUCUUGCAGUACUUUUCAUUCCGUCUUUUUUUAUAUUGCCUCAUUAUAUUUUUCUACAGAGUUUCACUCCAAACGUUCGGCGACAAUCUCAGAUCAGAAGAACAUAUCCAGGUUUUUAGUGUCUGUUCAUGUUUGAAGGCUGUUUGUGCCAAAAGAAUCUGUAAACAAAGUGGAGGCAGAUGCUGGGACCAGAGGUGAAAACACGAGGCGGCUGUUGCCUUGAGUCAACAAUCAGUUUUGUUUUUUUUUUCUUUUAUAAAUCUGUUUGUGUGUUUGUGCUUCUCGUGACGACCAGAAAUAUAUUUUUCAAGACAACCCGUUGCAUCAUCUGAUAAUCGUCGUCACGUUUUAACUUCCUGUCGUUCAGUUUCUCGUUGAGCUUCUGAGAAAAAUAACACCAGCAUGAAUCUGACAAUCUCAAUGUUUUACACAUCGCUUUUAUUAUUUCAUCAGUCCGACGUGUCUGUGGCUCCAUUUUUAAAUAUCGUAUCAUUCAAAGCACAAACAAAUAUCAUCUGUCUUAAUGAGACACUUUAAUUAAAAAGAAAUUCUGGAUAAAAUUCUGGAAAGUGAGAAUUAUCCAAGUCAAAUAAUGUCACUGUAAUGACACUGUAAUAUGUAAUUUUUUACAGUGCAGUGAUGUUACUGGCAAUCGGAAUAUCGCAUUAAAAUACUGCUUUUGUGAACAAAAAACACCGAAUAUCAAUGACGAUGUUUAGAGCUGGGUGUCGUCAUAAAAUCCUCGAUACAAGUAAAAUACAAAUCCUCUUUUUCAGUUUUGGCACAAAUAUUAAAUACCGUUUUAUGAUCUUUUACUUUGAGGAAUAUAUUAAAAGAAAAAGAAGAUUGAAUUAAACCGAAAUUCUCAAAUAUUUUGGCACAAACGUACAUGAACGGGAAAAAUGUCAGUAACCGAAAAAUAUAUAAAUAUUCAUGUUUGAUACCCAGCUCUAAUAAUCAGCCUUUACUUGUUUUUUUGUUUUAUUUAAUUGAAAUAUUUGCGUCAUCUCGUUGAAAUGAUAAAAAAAACAAUUCUCACUCUCUAAAGACAGAAAAUGGCAGCUGGUCUUUAUCAAAAAAAUAUAUUUGAUCCGAGAAACAGAAUUAUUCAAAGCCAACAGAGUUCUGUGAGAUAUUUUUGGUAUCUUGUGCACACAGUUUAUUAAAUGUUGCGCAUACAAAACAAUAACUGACAUUAUUUUUUUCUUUAAUUUAUCGUCUUGGCGCACAAAUUAUUUCUUUGGCUGUAAAGUAAUUAUUUUGGGUGCAAAGGUUAUUACUGUCUUGACUGCAAAUAAUUAUCCUGGGCGCAAAAGUUAUUGCUGUAGUUGAUAAAUUAUAAAUUUGGAUGCAAAAGUUUUCUCUAAAUAUUGGAGUAACAGUUAGUUUGCCGAAGGAAACUUUUGCCUUAUAAGAUAGUUGUAAGAAUUAAUAUUUUGUGUGCACAAGGUAUAAAAAAAAUUAUCUUUAUGGACUUUGGCUUCAUUGAUUUUCGAUUCUGUAAUAUGUUUUUUUUUUAACAGUGCAGUUUUACUGUGCAGAAAAUCUAAAAAGUCUCAUUUAUCUGAACAGAAACUCAAACCACCAAACACCAGUGACGACUCCAGUCAAACCUGGACCAGAUCAUGAGUCCAUACACUUUCGGCUCUCUGCUGCCUCCGUACAUCUUCCGCAUCUGUCCACAUCUGUCCGCUGAGAGCUACCUGUGGUACAAUCACUGCUCGUCUGCACAUCCAGGUGUGUUUUCAGGCACGUUCACAUCAGUCUAUAAGAAUCAUUGUUGGGAGACGUUCUCAUUCUCUGACUGCACUUUACGGGACUUUUUUUUUUUUUUUUUUUUAAGUUUGUUUCUGGUACAAAACUUCACAGUAAAGUUGUUAAAGGAGGACGUUUGGUUUGUUUAGAAGAGUCCAAAAAAAAAAAAAAGAUGACGGAGACCUUUUCAGAUUUUUAUCGUCUGGUCGGUGUUGGGAACGUUUUGGUGAAUCGUUCCCUCACUGUGCUUCUUUUAUACUCUCAGUUUACCUCAUGUUCCCUGGGAUUAAUAAUUUGUACCAUUUUUAAAAUUAUAAAUCAAACUCUUUUCUCUUCUGAGCAUUUUCUGUCUCUGCAAAGAGUUUUAAUGAGCCAAAUAAAAUCUGUAGGAUCACAGAAAAAUGUGUAUUUAGCUGUGAAACAAUCUUUGACGUCUACGAUAUGGAAUAUAUGGAAGGUCAAAGACGUCGGAAAUGUUGUGUUUAAGAUUUAAUGAAACUUUUAAAUCUGAAACACUGGAGUGAUAAAACUAUUAAUUGUAGAGGAUUUGGUUUAUUUAAAAGGUACAAAUUAAUAAUUUGAGGGAACCAAUAAAAAUCAAGGGUACUAAUUAUUUUUUUGAGAGUAUAUUUUUAAAAAAAAAAAAGCACAUUAAGAAUGCUAAAUCCUGAUUUAAAGGGCUGAGUAUAAACUUUUUUGUUUCUAGAAAAACUCAAAUUUCUCAAAAGCUAAAAUUUAAGUAGUAAAAGAGAAAAUUCAAACGGCCGUACGAGAAAUCUGUCCAAUAAAAUAUUGUUUAAUAUUUGCUAGCGAUGUACUAGUUUUGUUAUUUUUGGGGCAUUUUAUGUCUUUAUUUGCCGACUGACACAUUUAUGGUUGGCUCAUAAAACUUGAAACAAUUUUUUACUUAGAAAUUUUGAUUGAAUUUUGAAAUUUUUAACUUAAAUCAGAAACUUUAUGAUCAACAUUUGAUUUUAACUACCUCGGUGUUUUGGACACAUUUCGCUCGGUACAAGUGUUUUCGUUCGAUACUCAGCCUUAUUAAACAGAUUUGAUAAUAAAACAAUAAAUUUGCGUGACACCAGAGAGAAAACGAGACAAAUCAAACGUAUGAAUCUGAACGUGACGUUAAAACAAACUGAAUUCAGAGUUUUGGACGUUUUGUACAAAAGUGACGAAGGUGGUUGAAAAGGGUCAAAGAACGUUGAAAUGUAAAAAGAUUAUUUCAUUUUUAUUUUUAUUUUUUUUUAAAGCACUUUUGUCUCCAGGUUUUUUUAAUCGGAGGUUCGACAGGAAAACAGAAGUUCUUGUUGUCGUUUUUUUUGUUGUCCUUCAUCCGUUCUGCUCUCAUGGUGCUCUGCGAGGGCGAACCAACGUUGGGUUCGUCGUGUUUGUUUAAUUUCCACUAACUGUACGUUUUUAUACGACGACUGCUUUACCUGUAAACCAGAGUACCAGAUGGACCUGUACAGCCCAUCCAGCUGCCACCAUAAGCUGUUGUAACUCAUGAAAUGCUGAUUUUUUUCCUUUUUGUUAAAUAUAAAGUGAGUGAACUUUUAAAA